AUUUAACUCCUCUACCGGCAGCCAAUUACAUAUUUAAAAGAAGUCACGUGAUUAAGAGGCCACUCAUCUAUAAAACGACCACCACUCCAAGGUCGUUUUUUUCGUUGCUUUGUCCCAGAUUGAAGGUGGUCGGGUAUAUUUGUGGCCUUGUGGAAAAGCUAUCCCAGCGACAGGAAAUCUAGCUGGCCCACGAGUGAGUGUGCGAUUUUCCUACAGAGAUGACUACAUUUAAACUGGGAUCCAGCUGUUCUCCAGCAAAAUGCACCAGUGUUUCCGUGCGCCGCGUCGAAGAGGAAGAUGAUGUCGAAGAUGACACUGAUCCGGACAGACUGGUUCCGUGCCCGUUUGACAAGAACCAUCAGAUCCGUGCUUGUCGCUUUCCCUACCACUACAUCAAGUGUCAGAAGAACCACCCGAAAUUGGCUCAGGAGCUCAAGACGUGCCCGUUCAACGCACGCCACCUGAUGCCCGCGGCAGAACUGUCGCGCCACAUUGCCAACUGCGCAAACAGAAGCUCUGUCAACACCGAAGACUUGGGCAGCAGUGAGGUCCAGAGCAAGUGGCAUGUUCCAGUGAGCACCUGGGAAAACUCAGAGUGCAGUGAAGACUGGGAUAAAGAGAUUGAAGCAAGUCCUACUGCCCCCUUCAUCUGGGGGACGUCCACCUCUGCGCUCAACCAGGACAGGACGGAGACCAGGACCACAAACAGUCUCCCCCCUGGCCUGCGUGCUCCUACCACACUGCCGUGGAAGAACUAGAGAGAGAGAGAGAUGUUGAACGGAAGCAGGAGCAGCUAACGGCGUGCGGCCUACCUGUACGCCAGCCGCAGGAUGAAGAGCUCCACGAAGGCCGACUCCAGCAGCAGCUCUUGGUCCUCGGCGCAGAAGGCGGAGAACCCGGGGAUGCUCUCCGCCCACUUGCGGAUCACGUCCAUGGACCCCGUCAGCAGGUCAUAGAACUGCCGUAUGUCAUCUGCGUCCUCCUUCUCCGACAGGCUGGCCACCGUCUCCUGGUACUGGACAGAAGAUCCGGAAAAGGUUUUGUUAUUUUAAAUAAUUUAUGCAUCCUUGCGCACAAUAACAUGUUCACAUGGGCGCAGGCAUGAAAAUGAUCAAACUACACCUUGCUGUGUUUCUAUGCAGUAGCCAUUCUGAAAAUGGCUCCUCUAUUUAUAGCUAAUCUAAACCUGAAAACAAUUCAUCAGCUCAAAAAAACAGACAACUUUUGAUCUUAGUACUCUCUUUUAUCGAUCUUUAAAACUUGGUAGCUAGUUUGUGCAAGCUUUGUUUGAGGCAAUAAAACUUCAAAAUCAGAUAUUGAAAAAAACAGA